CAGAAAGGUGAUUCAUCAGGUUCGCAAUGCUUGGAGAGACUUCGCGAGCAAGGAUUGCUUCCAGCUACUCGACAUUCUGUGGAUUCUGGGAGGAUCUCUCAAUCUGCCCUCGCAAGGAUGGAAGCGUGGAGUGUUUUUCUUGUGACACGGAUUAACAGCUUUUCACUUCGGAAUCACACUUUUCAACGUCGUCGGGAAGGUCAACGCUGGGGACACCUUCUCCAUGACCAUGUGGUAUCUGUCCUUUACCGCAGCCACCUCGGUUUGUCUGAUCAAGAUGCUGUUCAUGUGGCAUCAUGACCAAGCAAUUCAGCAGGUGAUCGCGUACCUUGACUCCAAGUGCAACCUCUCAGGUGAUGUUCAGCAUGACAGAUCCGUUCGAGAGAAGUAUUUUACCAGAGCUCGAAUUACAAUCCGCAUAAUAUUUGGCUUGAUGGCCGUAUACCAAGUGCUGUUCUCGAUCCCUCACCCCCAACAGGACAAGCUUUACCACUUUCCACUGUUGGCAUACAUCGGGACACCUUGGCUAAGACAGUUGGUACAAUUCCUCUACAUCUCAACAAUCCCGGUCAUCUGGUUCAGCAAAUACUUCUGGUGUACGGGGAUGAUCGUCGUCAUUCUGAUGAACCUCCAAGGUGAACUGAAGAUCCUGAUCCACAAAUUCAGAGCCGUUUUGGAACGCAUGGAGAGUUCGAUGUCUACUGAGCCGUUUGAGCCGGAAAAUGACCCGGAUCGCAUUCAAGCCGAAACAGUUCUUUGGAAUCAACUAAGCGCCGAUGUUGGACUGGCUAUUGAGCAGCACGUGGAGUUUAUCGAAUUCUUCCAGUUGGUCCAGCCAAUCCUGGGGGUUUCGUUCCUGCUGUACUACUACUUUGCGCUGGCAACCUACGCCUCGGUGCUGUUUCUAAUCCUGAACGAACCGAUUUCGUUUGUGACCAUCUUUCAAGCGACUUCUGUGCUGGGAAGUGUUCUCGAGUGCUACCUGAUUUGUCUGUUGGUUGAUAAUUUUCAAGAAAUGAACGAAGAAAUCCAAACCAUUGCCAGGGACAUUUGCAUUGGGAUGCCACAUAGUGACGAGCACCACUCGAGUUACGACGGGAUGAGGGCAACGAUGAUGAUCAUAAUACUCAGUAACGACAGUUUGAUUAGCUGCGCCGGAGUGUUUGACAUUUCGGUGGAAACUUUUGCUGGGUUGAUCGAUACGUCCUACUCGUACUUGACGUUUCUGUUGAGCUUUCGUUGAGUAUAGAAAUUUGAGGAAUCAAGUCAAUCACAAUCAAUAGUUACUAAAGCUUCGCAAGAAUUCUGGCUCUGACAAGGGACGAUCAAUUAGAAAAAUGCAAAAAAAUGCUUUGAAACUCUAAAUCUACAAAAAUCAUUUCAACGAGUCAGCUAGAAACGAUUCUCAGACUCAAUAAAGUGCCAAACACAAACUGCAAUAAAACACAAACCUUUUCCUAGUUCACGAAAAAAAAAACAAAA